AUGAAAGAAGACUACGCUGCAAAGGAGAACAGUAGAGAACAAAUCGAAAUGAUGCAGGAUCCCCGCUUUCGCAGUCGAAGUGGAACUGUCAGGUCUGAAGAUGCCGAAAACGGUGAAGUACGCUCAAGAAGGGACAAAAGUAUACAAGAAGAAACACCUAUAUAUGGUUUGUCAGCCACUGAAAAUCCGAGAAGAUUCUUCUUCAGAAGUCGUAAGGUUUUCGUUUUCCAGGCUUACGAGCCUGACCCUGUAUCUACUGUGUCACAUACGCGUCGCGGUGAUCGUCUGUUUGAACGAAGAAUCACGGAAAUCGGUGGAAAGAAGGUGACCGUUGAACUAGGCAACAAACAUCUGCAUGGUGUCGACCUGAUAGUCCGUCCAGGCUCGGUUGUUCAUGGUUCUCUGCCUUCCGGUGAAGAAAAAGCUGUCGUCGAUAGGGUCAGACUCGACAAAAGAGCUGUUUCAGGAAUACUAAUUCCUUAUACGCCCAUAGAUCGUAAAUCCUCGAACUUUGGAAAUUCCUUGGAAAAUCCUCUGGAUUCGGGAGAAUCACUACUGGCACAAUCAGAAGACGCUCUUGACCUCCCACGCAGUCUAUCAUUCGACCAGCAGAAUUUCUUCUGGAAUACUGAAAAUAUGGUUGAACUAUUCAGAUUGACACAAAGUCUGAUUGAAAUGUGCUUUUUCGUUCGGACGGACACUCAAUUGACUGGAAAAACUCCGAUAAUGAAGUAUAUCGGAGAAACUGAGCCUGACUGUAUCUUGGAAUGUGUACGGGACAAACGAUGUAGUUCGGUGAACUACUCGGGGACGAUGUCUACAUGUGAAAUUUUCGAUGAAAUCGACAUUGAUUCAAUGCAAAUACAGUAUCAGCUUGGCUACACUUUCUAUAUGCCAAAGCAAACAGACGUUCAUUCUUGUCUCAAAGAUAUGAUGCGAAUGGGAAAACAGUUUUCUCCUCUCGAAUCAGGGCCAAGUAUAAUGUGCGAUGGAGGAAGCUCUUGUAGGACAUCAGCGGUGCUUAAUGUGGCCCUUGACGAUGCUCAUCCACCCAUCAACUACCGAUUACUUCCAUCAAAAGGCAAGGCCGCUUGCUCACAAGGAUCCGCUGUGCUCUUCAUUCGUUCUGCCCAUUCUCGCGACCAAAAAGGCAAGAUUGUGAAUACGGUCAGUAAUAUCAGUGAAGAUGAUUGUCUCUUCUCGUGCCUGACUAAUAAGUACAUUGCUUCUUCCGCCGAGUACGACGAGAACGGAGGGCGUUGCUCGUUGAGCUCUGAGCCAAGAACGAACGAGCUCACCAAACAUGAAUCGACAACAUUGUAUGAGAAAAUAUGCGUUACAGAAAGCGUCUCCAACCAGUGUUCGGGUGCAGCAGUGGAUCGGAUGGCCAACAUCGUCUUGGUAGGUUACAUGCAUGACACUGCCACUACCGUUUCCAUCGAAGAAUGUAUCGAACGAUGUGUACGGUCUGAAAUCAUGCUUGGAUUCCAAUGUUUAUCGAUUAUGUACUACUAUGAGGAAACGGUAUUGAACUGCAUACUGAAUGACGCCAGUGUUCGAACAAAUCCUGAAUCUGUGACGGACGUAAAUUCAACAGUCGUCGACUAUUUUGGUAUUGACGACUGCUAUGGAUUACCGGAGGCAAUAGACGACCGUCAGAAAAGCACCCGAAGUGAAGAGAGAAAUUCGUCUUCAAUACAGCUCAGGAACCAUACGACAUCAACGAUAGUUUCGCUCACCUGCUCCAUUCCACUUAUCCAACUGGCCAUUGACAAGCUUUCAGGACAGCAUACAUAG